GCAAGGAAUGGACUCCUCCGGCGAGGGGCGGGGCGGCCGCAGCGGGGAGCCGAGCAUGAAGCUGUCGGUGGCGGUGCCGUCGGUGGGGCUGCGGGCGGCCGACCUGGACCGGAGCGCGGACCGGGCGGCGCACACGGUGUUCAAGGUGGAUGUCUUCUUCAACGGACGGAAGCACUCCUUGGAGAAGCGCUACAGCGAGUUCCACGCCCUUCAUAAGAGGAUCAAGAAGAGGUGCAAAGUCCCCGAUUUCCCCCCCAAGCGUGUGCCCAACUGGAUGGCGAAGGUGAUGGAGCAGAGGCGCCAGGGUCUGGAAGCCUACCUGCAGGGAAUCUUGUUGUACAACACGGAGCUCCCCAGGGAUCUGCUGGACUUCCUGAAGCUCUGGCACUUCCAGCAAGACCCUGAGGCAUGCUCCCUGGGGGACUUGGCUUUGCAGGAUGUCAGCCUCAGUUACCUGCUCUCCCAUCGGCCAGUCAUAAGCUACCACAGGGACCCAUACGUGCUCCCGUCUUAUACAGAUCUCCUUCCCAACGUUAUUCUAAGUGGGGUGCUGCGGGGCCUCUAUGCACCUGAGACGGGCUUCAGUCUGGAUGCGAAAAUCUUAGCAGGACCCGACCAGGUGUUGCCUCGAGCUGUGUCACUCCCUUGAUGUCAUUUGUGCUCCUUUGGGACCGUUCUAGAAAACACAUAAACCGGACACACCUUGUCCCCUCAGAAGGGGCCACGCCCUGGGUACCCACACAUCUGCUUUAAGGGAGAAGGGCACGUCUCUCAUGUGCUGCGCGUAAGUGGCUUUUUCUGUGGCACGGAGACAAAGACAGACAAUGCACCUUGUCACUUUCAGGAGGAGGAAGAUACGUUCAUGCUACCCAAGUCUUCAGUUAAAGAGCUUCUUGGAAAGGCUUUCGGAGCCGACAGCUGAUUUAGACCAAGGCCCAGCCCACUGGAUCGCACAGGAAAGGGAUUGAAGAUAAGGGGACUCGGUCACAAGCCGUGUGGGCCUGGAGAAACCUGUGGCUAAUCGGGCCACGUUGCUGCCAAGACGCAGUUCAUCUUUAUGUGCACAGUGUGUUUCCUACCCUGCGCAGUACUCGCACACCGCUGGAACCCAUAAUAGAAGGUUGAGCGGUGCAAACUUUUUAAACAAUGCAUUGGUGAAAACCUUUUAAAUGUAAUACAGGUGGUCUGCACCUGCCAGAAAGGUGCAGGCUUUUCUGGGAGAACAUGCGAGGGUAAGCACCUUUUCCACACGAAUACAAGGCUCUUUGUCAUGUGACUCACGGCAGCCACUAGCAUUUCUGCUUCCUAGGUAGUACGCUACGUCACGUUUUUAAUCGGAAGGGCUGUGUAAUAAAAGUGCUUGAAUUGGAAAAAAAUGGUAGUUAGUGGAAACGAUUCAAGUUUAACCCCUAAGUCUGUGCAAAUAUGAGCUGCUGCUGUCAGACUGGGCUUCUGGUGUUCCCAGCAUUUCUUCUUUUCUCAAGGGCUGCAUGGAAAAUAAAUUUCAGAGAGGA